AUGAAAUACGCAGUUUGCUGUGAUAAUGGCUUUUUUGAUAAUCCUUUGUUAUCAGUAAAUCAUAUUAAUGCGAUACUAAAAUUGACGACAGCAAUAGUUUAUAGGGUAUUCAUAGAUAUUAUGGAUAACAAAUUCAAAUUUAAAGAAAUUGUAAUAAUCUUAUUGCAACGAGUAGAAAGUAUCGCAGACUCAUAUGGCACUGAUUUCAUUACUAUAUUUCCAUGGAAUAAUGGGAAUGCGGAAUCGAAUCCGCAAUUUGCGUUAGAUAUAAUAAAUCCGAAUAUUGUUGCUACUGCCGUAACGAUAUUUUAUGGCGAAGUGAAAAUCGAAAGCAUGAAAAGGGAAAUCUUACGGAAACAAAUUGAAAUCAUUGUGAAUGCUACUUCAACUUUUAAUCAAAAAUUCCCGAAAAAUGUUUCGUUUCCAAUUUUUUCGGAAAAAAUGAAUCCAAAGUUUCCAAAUACAAGAGUCGUGAUCAAAUCUGAACAACGUAUUUCCGUCGUUCUUCAUACUUACGAUGGAGAUUGGAAUAAAAUGUCAGGCGAUAGUUUCAUUGUGAUGCCAACGUCAUUAGCUGGUAGUAAUUAUAGUGUGACGUUGCCUGAGACCGAUAAAGGAGCUAAUUCUAGCGGUGCAUCAAUCUAUUUUUUGCCACUUUUUGAUGAUACAACUAUAAGGCUGGAAAUUAUUGAAAAUGCGGCAACAUCUGGUCAUUUUUUUACUCUUGGUCAAGUCGAUAGCACUUCAAUAAAAGUUUAUAAUAGCAAAAAUUCAUUCUCAAUGUAUGCGAAUUCCGAAAAACCGUUUAUAUUGGUUGUUGCUGCUAGGCAUUUGCCAUCAAAUGAUAAAAAAAAUAACGAUUUUGGAAGUUUUAUGCCAACUCCAAUCACCUGUACUGAUUUAGAGACCAACGAAGAUCACUAUUUUUUAUUAAGCAUGUUUGAGAAUGAAUCCUACGCUAUUAACGCUCCUUAUUCUUUGUGCCCAAACUUCAAUAUUUCUCUUACUAGUGGAACAAUCUUGGAUAUUGAUGUUUCAAAGAAGCAAGAAUUUUUUCAACCGUCACUCUAUAUUAAGGAUUUCUCCGAAUUAAAAAGUAUUCCAAUGGUUCAAAUAACAACCUAUGUAAGAGGUGAUGGUUAUUCGCAUCUCAGAGAAUUGCCUUCUUUCUCGCAGUUCGUUACUGGCUUAAUAGGAUUUGUUGUGCCAGACUACAGCAAUACAACAAUUAUGCAAAUAAUCGCCGAUGAACAAACUUAUAAAACCGGCCAGUUGAACGGCAAACAGAGGCCAAAUUAUACGAAAUACGACAAGUUUUACUAUGGUUCAAUUGAUCAUCUAGAAUUUGGAUACAAUUAUUUUACGGCUGAUGGCAAUUAUUCCGUAUAUAUACAUGGAAAAUAUGGGAGCGCUUCAUAUGGCUUCAAUGUUGCAUAUAACAAAACAACCAAAGUCACUUCAACCACAUCUAUGUCGACCACAACUUUUACGACAACAUCGUCUUCAAUUACUUCAUCUGAUACUUCAACUUCCUCAACUGAUACUUCGACCAUAACAACCACCACUCCACGUGGACCAAUUUUGCAAGCGGAUUCUGUUGCCACUCAUUUCACGCUCGUCUUUCCGUGGAAUAUUGACGAUUCAGGAAAUAUUUCGUUAACACUACAUCUCAUAAAUCCAAAUCUUGAAGAUGCCGUGGUUUAUUUGAAAUAUUGGGAAAUUAAUGGCAAAAAUGCUAUGAGAAAAAUGGAAGCGGUUUCGGUUCCAUCUAAGCGACAUAUAAUGUUCGCUUUUAACAAAAAUUCAUCAAGUGAAUAUAUAAAACAUGACGGUGUUAGCGAGAUUGACGACACUCGUAUCACUAUUCGAUCAACAGUUCCAAUAUCAGUUUUAGGGAGUAUUUAUAAUGAGAAAGGAUCUGGCGAUAGCUUUACAAUCUUACCAAAAUCGAUGGCUGGAAGAAGCUAUGUCGUUUCAAUGCCAAAAGUUGAACAAAUUGAUUAUAGUGUUGUUUAUUUUAUCCCAACGAAUGAACCAACAGAAGUUAUGCUUACUGUAAUAAAUGAAACAUCAACAGAGACUAUUAAAAUUAACUUGGAAGAAGACGAUAUGUCAAAAAUAUUAGCGUAUAGAGUCUCUAAGAGUGCCUUUACUUUAUAUGCGGAUGGCGAUAAUCCUUUCGUGAUUUUGACUGCUAUUCAUGGAAUUUCCGCAUCAAAUCUGUCAAAUGGUUUUGCAGAUUUUGGUUGCUUUAUGCCUCCUCCAGCUGCAGACAUAGAAUGUGCAUCUACGAUACCCUACGAUUAUAUAACUUCAGUCGAUACAGCAAAUUAUUUUCUCGCUGCGCCUCCAUCAAAUACUUGUCGUAAAUUUAAAAUUUCCGUUUACGGAAUGAACGGAAUGAAUAAAACGUAUGAAAUUGAUCCAAAAGCUGCUCAAAAUUUUCUAGCGUGGACUGCAGAUGAGUAUGAAAGUGGUGUCAUAGCGCGAUCCAACAAUGGUCCAUUGCAAAUUACCAAAUUUGGUGGUUAUAAAAUGAAUAAAACAAAUAUUGAAGGGAUUUAUCUCGACUUUGUACCUUCGAUAGCUUGGUUUGUGACUGGAACGGCAACAUUGUUUAUACCUACCAACACAAGUGAAGUAUUGGUAAUCGGUGAUGAGGAAACGGCUCAAGUUGCUUAUUUUGAUGGAUUUGCUUUAAAUUUCACCAAAAUGCCUUACUAUGAUCAAAAUCUAUAUUAUUCCAAAAACUUUGGUACGGUUGGCUCACAUAUUAUCUCAUCAACUGGAAAAUUUAUAAUAUUCGUCUAUGGCACAAAUGCCGGAGCAUCAUAUGGAUUCAUCCCAUUCUUUAAUAGUCCAAUUUCGGCAAAACCGACUCCCACUCCUACUACUCCUUCACCAACUCCGAUCCCACCUCUUCGUAACGUUUCUGAUUCGUAUGGUACUUCUUUCGUUGGUGUUCUUCCAUAUAAUAACUAUUACUCACGACAUACGCUUACAAUAAUUAAUUCGCAAAAUUUUUCUACUACUGUAGAAAUAAAAUAUUGGAAACAAUUGGAGCAAAAGAUCGAAGUGAUAACUGUAGCUGCCGUUGAUUUCACUGAGUUUCAAUUAGAUGCGUCGACACUAGGUGGUUCGUUCAUUCCUCAAUUGAACUGGAUACUUGAUAAUCGUUUCUAUAUCAAUUCGAUAACUCCGAUAUCUGUCGUUUAUUCUAUUUAUGACUUAGAGGAAGGCACUGGUGAUAGUUUCACAUUAUUGCCGACAACAAUGGCUGGAAAAAAUUUUGCGAUAUCACUACCUAUGGCUUCAUCCACUAAUUCUUCUAUGCUUAUACUUUACUUCAUAGCUGAUAGUACGACGAAAAUAGUGCUAAAUAUCUUUGAGAACAAAACGUAUUAUCAAUAUGGCUUUUAUACACCAAGAGAUUAUUACGGCGUAUUCGGCAAUGCAGCCUACGUCAUAUAUAACGAACAACUUACUGCUUAUGCUGAAGGAGAUGCACCAUUUCAAAUUAUUGCAAUGAUUCAAUAUUUAUUGGAUUCAAAUUAUUUCCUAAUGUCUCCUCCAAUAGCCAAAUGCGGCAGCUACGGUAUAAAGCUUUAUGCUUCGGAUGGCACCUAUCAAUCGAUGGAUAUCAACUCAUCGGAAAUGCAAGAUUUGCAACACUUACGACGUGAUGACUAUGGAAAUAAUGUCGGCAUUCUAUCGACUUAUGCUUUGUUGCAAAUCACGAAUUUCGGAGGAUAUGGGAUCGCUGAACAAGGAAUCUAUCUUGAUUUAGUACCAUCUCUAUCGCAAUUUACUACUGGAUUAGUUCCAUUUUAUGCUGUAACGGAUGAUAGACAAAAAGCAGUGCCUUAUCAGCCAGAGCCGUAUUAUAUUGUAACGACAAGUCGUAGCAUUUCGAGUGCUUCGAAUAUAGCAAAUUUGCAUGAUGCAGUGAGCCCCGACUCAUGUAACACGUCGUUCGUCUCCGUCCUUCCGUAUAAUGAUGGCGCAUCAAAUUGUACAAUUAUAUUAAUCAAUUGUCAAAAUGUUAAUACGACUGUAACAGUUAAUUAUCGGAGAUUAAGUGAUGGCCAUUUCGUUAAAAGUAAUUUCACCGUUAAUCUUUUAGCGUUCGGCUUCGAAAAGAUCGAAAUGGAUACAUUAGCGCUCACCUUUCCACCUUAUCAAUCGAAAGCCAACUGGUUUAUUGAUAGUCGUUUUUACGUUGAUUCGAAAACGCCGAUCUCCGUUGUCGUAACUACUCAUAAUGAUAAGGGAAUUGGUGAUGCAUAUACAUUGAUACCAAAAGCAAAGGCAGGAACGAAUUAUGCAUUAUCACUACCCGCUGCAUCAAUGGGUGACUAUUCUUUGCUAUAUUUUAUACCCAUUAAAGACAUGGUGCUGAAUAUAAGAUUACUUACGCAAAAUAUUUCUUAUCAGUAUUCAGCCUUUAUACCGGCAGCAGAUGAAUCGAAAAUAAUGGCAUUUGCCUUUUUUGGCGAACAGUUUACAGCAUAUAUCGAUGGAGAUUCGCCAUUUCAUGUUUUGGCCAUGAUUCGACGCAUUAAAUCAUUUUCGAAUCUCAUUGACUUUGGCUGUUUUAUGCCUCAACCUUUGCUUCGAACUGGCAUAAUCUCAUUUCCAGAAUGUGCUCCUCAAUCGGUCUACGAUGCGCAUAUUGCACCAUUAAAUAAUUCCAGUUAUUUGUUCCUCACACCACCAACAAUAGAAUCUGGAAAAAUUAAUAUUUCUUUAUAUGGUUCAAAUGCUUUAAGACAAGUACAUAUUAAUUCAAAAGAAAUGCAACAUUUAGAGGAAUUUGGAACCAACGAGUUUGGAAAAAGCGUCGAAAUACUAGCAACGGACUGUUUAUUGCAAAUCAUGGAUUUGGGUAGUUAUAAUGUUAACGGUGGCUUAUAUCUCGAUCUUAUACCAUCGUUAUCACAAAUGGUUACCGGAACUGUGCCUUUCUAUGUUCCGACUAAUGAUAAUAAAGUUAUGUUCAGAUUUUGCAUUCACAUGAGAUUUGGUAACAAAUUUGGUAACACAUUGAGAUUCUUCCUUUCAUAUGCGCCAUUGUACUGUGAUCAACCUGAACUGCAGCUAAAAAUAAGUUCAUGCUUGGUUUCAUAA